UCCUUCCAAGACACAGGGGGAGUCCUUCGAAAGACACAGGGGAGUCCUUCGAAAGACACAGGGGAGUCCUUUCAAAGACAAAAGAGUGUCUUUCCCAAGAUACAAGAGAGUCCUUCUAAGAUACAAAGGGAGUCCUCGAGUAUUUUGUUAUCUGCUAGGCCCUACAGGUGGGAACAGCAGCAGCGGUAGUAAAAUCAUCAGUAACAGGAACAGUGUUAUUUGUAACAGUAGCAGUAGAACACUGGUAGCAUCAUCAACUAGAAAAGGACAAACAGCAGCGCCACACCCUCCCCACAGGAUAUCCUCGACGUGUGGGGGGGGGGGGGGGGAGCGUGUUUCAGUAAACAUGAUGCGAGGCUCUCUGGUCUACGGAUAUCCACACGGUCCUCUCCUGGUCACACAGAACCUCGGUGCUGGUCCUAAAUAGUGUCUCCGAGAGCGUUCCUUCGAGAGGUGAUGCUUGCACAUCAGCUGGUGAAAAUUCUUGCAAUUCGUGCAGGGAAAGGAAAAUAUCUUGUAGAAAUAACCUGAGGAGGAACAAUCCUUUUUCAGAAAAAAGAACCAGGACUUUUUUUUGAGAAUAGAACUUCUAACGGGGUCCUUAGUGAGAACACCUGUGGAGUGAACACGAUUACAUAUACUAGAGUUUCAAGCACCAAUAGAGGAGAGCGCUCCCUGAAGGCAUUCUGUGGAUUUACAAGACCAGUGAUGUGUUGAACUAGAAAACGGUGCUGAAACCAGAAGUGGUGGUCAGUGUCGUCAGGUCUCAUUACAAGGAGACCUCCAACACCUACAAUAUCUCCAAAAGUGCGACAAGAAAGAGAAAAACAUAGAAAAUGGUGUCCUUAAUCUACCUAGCACCUGUCUUCCUGUCACUCACCAUCAACCUCGUCAUAACAACGCAACAAGACGGUUCAGUGAUGACACGUCCAGGAUCAGCGAUUAAAUACAGACUCAAUGAGGCAGUAGAUGAAUACAACAUCUACUUCUGGACUCACUAUCCCAAUACCAAUGUCAGUCUACAGUUCACCAGCAUGAUGAACUACCUGGCCAACUUCACCAUCACUCAGCCCGAUGUGUGGCAUGUUGGCUACCUUUCUCAACCGGUGGCAAAGACAGCGGUAAAUAUCAUGAUACCGCACGGUAAGGUCUUUGUCAACUUAGACCUCACCAGAGUAAGCAAGGUCACACUCUCCAGCCAGAACCUCGUCUACUGGACCUUCUGCAAGAACCGAGGCAUCUGUGCCCUGACCAUCCCUGACGGCAGACACUCGGGCACAUAUGAAUCAGCAGACAAUGCCACCAGCACCAACACGACCACCAUCGACAACACCACCUACGGCAGGUCUCAGUACCUGCUGGUGGGUCUGCUGAUCGUCUGCUUCCUGCUGGGGGUCGUUGUGGUCGUCCUAAGCGUGUUUCUUUGCCGAGGGAGGCGAAGCCAGCUCUUCCACGUAUAUGAAAAGCCUAUCCACCCGCCGCUGCCGCCACCAAUCCUUCCUCGUAUUGUCAUACAGAGUGAGAACGACAGCCGUGAGACGCGCGACACCAGCGUCAACGACUCGGACGACGGAGACUACGACCUCCCUUACGACCAGCUGCAACACCACCCCAUCAACCUUCACCUGCAGCACCAACACGACCGUCGUCUGCAGCAGAGAGACCUCCAGCGCUCCCACCACCACCACGACACUCCUCAACUCCACAGUCAAAGGAAACGUCACCUCAACCAACACGACAACACCCCAAAAAUGAUCACACGCAAACGUGACCUGAACGAAAACGACAACACUCAGGGAAACGACAACACACAGAAAAACGACAACACACAGAAAACCGACACAAGCAACCGUGAUGAUCUCAACCAGGAACGCGAUACGGACGACCCCGAAAGCCUCAACAACCUUUACUGUGUAAUUUUAGAGUAAAUUUUGUUCUCCGUGAAUCAAAUUCUGUGACACAGGCACUGAUGUGUCCACCCAUGAUGACGUCACUGCUCACGCCCACCAGACAAGUUGCCAACCACACCCAUGUGUGUGUGCGUGUGUGUGUGUGUGUGUGUGUGUGUGUGUGUGUGUGUGUGUGUGUGUGUGUGUGUGUGUGUGUGUGUGAGUGUGUGUGUGAGUGUGUGUGUGAGUGUGUGUGUGAGUGUGUGUGUGAGUGUUUGUGGAAGCUGGUCAAAAUUGUAUUUCACCUUUGUAAACCCACAUUAAUGAAACUAUGUAAAAAUACACCUCGAACACUGUUUAUGUAGGACAUACGUAAAUCUGUGUAUGUAUGUAGGUUAGAUUAGCAUUUUAAAAGUACUACAACCAUCUUCUGUGGUUGAUGGUUCAAUAAAUCACUUAACCAUAUGUUUAACAGAUAACAGAUCUCUCACCCUGUACAUGGAGGACAUAAGAAAAUGUAUAUAUGCUGGUUAGCAUUGUAAAUGUGUGGCCACGUCUGUGGUAAAAAUAAUAAAAUAACAUUACACCAUUAAUGACAUCACUGCUGACGCCCGCUAAUGUUAGACAUAAUAUAAUGGUUUUAUGUUAUCUAAACAUAACAUAAUGUAGACAUAGUGUUAGACAUAACAUAAUGGUAUUAUGUUAUUUAGACAUAACAUAAUGUAGACAUAGUGUUAGAUAUAACAUAAUGGUAUUAUGUUAUCUAGACAUAACAUAAUGUAGACAUAGUGUUAGACAUAACAUAAUGGUAUUUAAAUAUAUUGAUAUGAGUAACA